AUGUCGAAGGAAUACCCCCACCAAAUCGCCCUCUUGGGCCUAGGAACAAUCGGUCUCUCAAUGCUAGCAAUGCACCUCCGCCGCCCAGAUACAAGCAUAGCAGUCUACGACCCACGCCCAGACACAGAAACUCAAAUCCGGAACAACCUCCCCUCCAUUCUGGAGUUCCCAGGUUCGGCUACUGCAUCAGGAUCAGAAACAAAUAUAGUGGACCACCUCUUCAAAACAUCCCGCCUGAAAUUAGCAUCCACCCUCCAAGAAGCCGUGACGAAGGCGACGAUCAUUCAGGAACAAAGUCCCGAAGUGACCGUUUCCAAACAGGCGCUUUGGAAGGAGGUUAUGCGAUUUGCUAAGCAUGAUGCACAUCUCUGGAGUAGUUCUUCCGGGAUUGCUGCGUCGGCGCAGGGUGCUACCUGUGAUCCUGCGGAUGGGGUAGGUGGGAGGCUACUUGUCGCGCAUCCGUUCAACCCACCGCAUAUAAUGCCCCUCGUGGAGGUUGUGCCUGGACCCGAGACUGCGGUUGAGAGAGUUGAGUUUGUGAAGGGGUAUUUUGAAGGGAUUCCCGGUCCUGGUUCUGUCGAUGGUCAGACUGCUGGCCAUUAUCGGCCUGUUACGCUGCAUAAGGAGGCUCCUGGGUUUGUGGGGAAUCGGCUUGCUUUUGCUUUGUUGCGCGAGGCUUGUUCUCUUGUUGGGGAGGGGGUUGUUUCGGCGAGGGAUCUCGAUGCUAUUAUUACGGCUAGUGUGGGGCCUAGGUGGGCUGGGAGUGGUGUGUUUGAGAGCUAUCAUGCUGGUGGUGGAGAGGGUGGAAUUGGGGCAUUUUUGCAAAAGCUGGAGCCGACGAUUCAGGAUGUGUGGGGUGAUCUGGGGCAGAUCGAUAUUCAAGGUGAUCAGGCGUGGAGAGAUAUGGUUGUUCGGCAGACGGAAGAGGCAUAUGGGCCUUCCACUGCUGAGUCGCGGAAGAAGAAAGAGGAGAUGUUGCGGGAGGUUAUUGAGAUGCAGAAGAAAACAUGGGAACCAUGA